UUUUACUGCUUAUGGCUAAGUUAACCGAGCCCUCUGCUGCCAACAUAACCCGUACGGACUCCAGUUCAUGGGGUCUGAAUCUCGGGUUUUUCACGUUAGCCGUUGUCUCGAUUGCGGUGCUUGUCGUCCAGAUCAAUACGUUUGAUGCCGUGACGUAUCCGAUGCAUGAGUUUGGCAAACCGAUGCUUGUAGCUGCCAGGAAGAACGCAGAAAGUCUCUCCGGUUUGGAAAAGAUUGGGUUGGGCCAAUUGAUUGGAGCUGAGGACAUCGCUUAUGAAUCGAAGUCGGGUGUUUUGUACACGGGUUGCGAAGAUGGUUGGAUCAAGCGAAUCAUGCUAAACAACUCGGUGGUGGAGAAUUGGGUGCACACCGGAGGCCGACCUCUUGGAAUCGCGAUUGCUGAUUCCGGUGAUGUCUAUGUUGCCGACGCUAAUAAGGGAUUGCUUAAGGCAAGUAGAGAUGGCGAGUUAGAGUUAUUGACAAGUGAGGCCGAUGGUGUGAAGUUGGGAUUUACAGAUGGUGUAGCAGUUGCAAAAAACGGAAUGGUAUACUUCACUGAUGCAAGUUAUAAGUAUUCCAUCCAUGAAGCGAUAUACGACUUUUUAGGGGGUAGACCUCAUGGUCGACUUUUGAGUUACAAUCCGUCAACAAAACAAACAAAUGUCCUUGCCCGGGACCUCUAUUUUGCUAAUGGGGUCGAACUCUCACCAGACCAAGAUUUUGUUAUCUUCUGUGAGACCUUCAUGAUGAGGUGUUCUAGAUACUACUUGCAAGGAGAAAAAAAGGGUUCUAUCGAUGUUUUUGCUGACAAUUUGCCCGGUUUUCCUGACAACAUACGAUAUGAUGGAGAUGGACGUUAUUGGCUGGCAAUACCAUGGGACAAUUCACUUUUAACGAAAUUUAUACAGACGUAUCCGUUUGCACGCAAGAUUCUUACCUUUACAUUGAAGCACCUACAUAAGAUGCCUGAGUUGAUGAAGUUUGGUGGAGUCAUCGCUCUGGAUUUGGAAGGAAACCCGAUCGGAGGUUACUAUGACGACACAUGGAAAAUGACGACAUCAGGGGUCAAGAUUGGCGAGCACUUGUAUAUGGGAUCCAUCACGAAAUCACACAUUCUCCGUCUCAGUCUUGCUCAAAAUCCUCUUCUCGUUACAACCUCAUGAAGGGCACUAUUGUAAUAAAUCAAGGGAGGAAAAACGAUAUCUAUAUAUUGUAUUUUGAAUAUCGCAAUUCGUUUCUAUAAAAAUACAAUAGUAUUUGGAAGGAUAAAAUACACAUAAAUUUAACAUAUUGUAAUUUUGGUACGAACAUGAAAAUCAUAAAUGAGAUAUUUAACUA